AUGAAUGAAAACAACGACAUUGUGUUUCAUGACUUUGUUCAUCCCGAACGUCACCACUUUGACCAGCUGGAAAAUGCGAUCGAAGAAGCUACCAUUAAAAUCAGCUCACAAGAAGCAAUUAUUCAUGAACAACAAGAAAGCAUUGAAACUUUGAAACAACAAUUACUGCAAGCUCAAUCAACCAUCCAACAACUUCAAAUAGAGAAUGAAAAAUUGAAAAGAGAUUUAGAAAAAUCUACAAGUAAUAAUUCAUCAUCUUCGGGCACAUGUUUUGUUCCGAGGUCAUCAGACUCGGCUGGCCUUGCAGUAGUUGGAAGAAAUGCAGCUACUCAUUCCUCUUACAUGCACCAGACAAUAAGUAGCAACCAAGGAAACGCAAUGACAACACAACGGAAUCAACAACGAUCGGCCACAUCUUCCAAUACCGCAAAUUCUUUGGUAAGACCAAAACUCCAACCUGUUGCACUUCAUGAAGAUCGAUCUGGGGUAACAACAUCUUCAAUUCCAUCCAUUCGACCAACGAGGAGAACAAGCUCCAAAGCUUCAACAUCUUCCAUCUCAUCAAAAAGUUCUACCUCCAGAAAAACUUCCCUUAGACCAACAGCCAGUUCUAGUAGUAGCAAUAGCAGCAGCUCUUCAACGCCAUCUUGUGUAAUAUCGGAAGAUGAAUUGCUUGCUAGAAAGUUGCAACAAGAGGAAUUGAAUUCAUCUCCCUUUCAAACGUAUAUUAACAAUUUUGAUCAAGUCAUUUCCAAUAAUUAUUUCGAUCAUUAUCAAAACGACCAUUUUGGACAAGUCUCACAAACAAGUAGCAGUAUACCCUCAAACAUUACUGGAGAUGAGUCAUAUGAGGAAUUGUUAAGGUUGGAUGAAAAUGCUGUAAAAAUUGGAGUGAAUAAGGGUCUCCUAUGGCAAUUUCCAACAUUUAUUCAUGAUGGAACCAAAUCUAUGAAUGAAGAGAACAACUCUUGUGUCUGCUGUAUGGAAGAAUACAAUAAGGGUGACCAGUUAAGAAGAUUGACUUGUUUUCACACCUUUCACAAGGACUGUAUUGACCAGUGGCUGGAAGGAAGCCACACUUGUCCUAUUUGUAAAUUAGACUUGAAUGAACAUUGA